GAAAAGAGUUUUUAUAUUAUAUAAUACGUUUGAAGACUUCUUCGUAUUAAAUUGUAUGACUUCUUGUUGUUGAGAUGUUAGAGUAUUGGUGGAAUCAACUGACAAAUAAAAAAGAAACGGUUUGAAAUUUAGCUAAAUGAACGAAGAAUAAUUUGAUAAUCCUAUGCCAUUUUCGAUAUUCUGCUAUAAAAGAAUGUACAGCAUAGUUUACAAUCGACAGUCUCUUCAAAGUUCCCGUCAGAUGCAAAGCAACCAAAACAUUUUUAUUAGCCAGUUGUAAAUAACAAUAUAAGAUAUUAAUUAUUUUCAAAAAUGAAAGGGCUAAUUGGUUUAUUUUUUUUGUACGAGUACGUGUUAUUUUCAAAAGUUCUGAGCCUAGCUCAGCCUUCCUUAAAAUAUUUACCGGCUGGAAAUAUUGGUGUUCCCUCUCGCCAAUAUUUGGCAUCUCAUCGAGACAGAAACUUGCACUAUAAGAGAGUGAAUGAUGCGCCGAGUGUUACAGAAUACGAACAUGGUACAGAUAGUGGACGAACAAGGUAUGUUGCAACAAAGCAUAUACCUAUCGUCAGACAGGACUACGUAAGCGAUUCAAGCGGAAGUUAUAAUUUUGGAUUCGAAACUGCAAAUGGUAUUCAACGCGUUGAGUCGGGUGAUAUUCAUAACAAACCAAAAAGCUCACUAAACGUGCAAGGUUCCUAUUCUUACACAGGAGAUGAUGGUCGUACAUAUACCAUUAAUUAUAGAGCCGAUGAAAAUGGAUUUCAUGCAGAAGGUGAUCAUUUACCAACACCUCCGCCCUUGCAUGAUCAGAAUGGUGUUGGAGGAACUUUAUCUAGCAGAGGUUCUCAAAACAAAGCCAACGUGUAUUCACCAUCGAUUCAAUAUCUACCAUCACAGCAUUUUUAUUCGAAGCGGCAUUAGAAAGGCAUUAAUAAAAGUGUUUUUCUAUAUAUUUUGUGAGAUUGACCAGCCAUCUCACGAAAUCAUCCGAAAUUAGUAUCAUAUUCAUAUUUAGUGAUAUACAUAUGUGUAGCAUAACAGGCUCUCCUUUAAUUUUAUACAUAUAUU